AUGGACCUGUUUAACACCCCAGUCCUUUGCGUACGUCUAGGACCAUCAACCCACGUCAUUGUGGUUUCAUCAUCUGACAUAGCAUGUGAGUUCUUCAAGAAACAAGAUGAAAUAUUCAUUUCAAGGCCUGAUGUGCUUUCAGCCUAUCUAAUAAGUGGCGGAUUUCGCACCGCAGCCAUGUCCCCAUAUGGAGAACAGUGGAAGAAGAUGAAAAGAAUUUUAAAUCGAGAGAUGCUUUCACCACCAAUGCAGAAAUGGCUCCAACCUAAACGUGACGAAGAAGCUGAUCAAGUUCUCAGGUACAUAUAUAACCAAAUAGAGAAACAAGAUGCUAUAGUUGAUGGCGGGUUAAUAAACGUUCGCGCUUUGAGCCAACAUUUCUUUGCAAACGUAACGAGGAAUAUUAUUUUUGGGAAAAGAUUCUUUGGGCAAGGUAUGGAAGAUGGAGGGCCAGGUGAAGAAGAAACUGAACAUGUUGCUGCACUUUUCGUCUUGCUGAAGUAUCUUUAUGCGUUUUGCAUCAGUGAUUACUUCCCAUGGUUAAGAGGGAAGGUUGACCUUGAUGGCCAUGAAAACAUAAUUCGAACUGCAAUUGAAAAUGUUCGAAAGUAUCAGGAUCCAUUGGUCGAUGAACGUAUUCAAAUGUGGAACAAUGGAGACAGAAAGGAAAAAUCUGAUAUGCUUGAUGUUCUUAUCACACUUGAAAAUCCUAAGCUUACGCCAGAGGAGAUUAAGGCAGAAAUUGUUGAGCUAAUGAUCGCUACAAUUGAUAAUUCGUUUAACGCAAUAGAAUGGACAAUCGCUGAGAUGAUCAAUGAACCCAUGAUUCGUAAGAGAGCAGUUGAGGAGUUGGAGCAUGUAGUAGGUCGCCAAAGGCUAGUCGAAGAGCAAGACGUACCCCAACUCAAUUACAUAAAGGCAUGCAUCAAGGAAGCUUUUAGGUUGCACCCUUUUGCAUAUUUUCUUCCACCCCAUGUUUCUAUAAUGAAUACAACGGUGGCUGGUUACUUCAUACCUAAGGGUAGCCAUGUUACCUUGAGUCAAUAUAGGUUGGGAAGGGAUCCAAAUGUGUGGGCAGAUCCAUUGCGGUUUAACCCAGAUCGACACCUACAUGUGGAAGGAAAACAAGUGGUUCUUUCUGAUAACGACCUGAGGUUAAUCUCGUUUAGCACUGGGAAACGUGGGUGUCCAGGAAUAACAUUAGGCACAAUCAUGACUACAAUGUUGUUAGCGAGGAUGGUCCAGGGUUACAUUUGGGAGGCGCCAGGUAACGAGGGGUCCAUUGAAUUUAUUGAAAAUCAUGAUGACAUUUGCAUGGCUAAACCACUUGUGGCAACUGCUAAGCCACGGUUGCCUCUGUACAUGUACCCUACUUAUUGA